AUGCUUUUUGGUCCUACUGGUGUUGGGAAGACAGAGUUUAUACAAACAUUAUAUAACUACUGGAAACAGCAAUCUGCUAACGGAGCAGGCGAUGCCAUAGAACUUAUUGUGGCAGAUUCUCGGCAGGUGUACAAAUCAAUUCCUAUAGCCAGUGCCCAGACAGAUGCUACACUCAAGAAGCUUGUUCCGCACCAUUUAUCGGAGACUGUUGAGAUAACAGAUACGUAUACUGUAUUUCAGUUUUGUUCGCAAGCACUAGCAUUGUUAAAGCAAAUUCAAGCAAGGGGUAACACAGCUAUAGUGAUAGGAGGAACAGCGUACUACCUCUAUCAUUUAUGGAGGGGGGUACCUACAAGCCCUCAAAUUCCGCGAGCCUUGCACGAGGCGCUGGUAGAUGAGCAUGCAAACAAGGGCUUACCCCACCUUUACUCUGAGUUAUGCACCCGGGACCCCGAGUAUGCAUGUAGCAUAUCCUCCAAUGAUACACAGAGAAUACUGAGAGCAUUGGGUGUGCUACGUUAUGGGGGAAGACUCUUGAGCAGCUACAAGCGGAUAGAAGAACACACAUUACGCCCUGUACAUGUAUUUGCUCUUCUACGAAGUAGACAGGAGCUCUAUGAAAGAAUAAAUAAAAGGGUAGAGAAGAUGUGGGAGCAGGGUAUCGUUCAGGAGGCGUACACCCUAUGGAGUUCAGGGAUACGUUCGUCUCACAAUGUGUACCGAACCAUUGGAAUUCAAGAGCUUCUUUCAAACAAAGAUAUAGUGAAGGCAUGGUCUCUUCAUAAAGCAAUGCGUAAAGAAGAUUCCGAGCAAAGUAAGGAGCUUAUAAAAAAGCACACACGAAGAUUCGCAAAAAGACAGAUAAGCUUCUUUGCUCGUUUUCAUGCAGUCCAGCACUGUGAUUUAGGAGAUACACAGCAGGUAGAGAGCCUCUGUAGUACUCUCUAUAGCUUAGCGCAUACUGUACGUACAUAA